ACGUGCACCGCGACAUUUGGAUGACUAUGUUUGUAGCAUGCUUCCAUCCAUUGAUUCGAAUCAAGCUCCAAUCCACUCCGCUAACUCAGGUACCAUCUAUCCUAUUUCUAAUGAUGUGUCAUAUGCCUCAUUUUCCCUUAAUCAUCAAGCUUAUCUAGUGGGCAUCACCUCCUUAAUCAUCAAGCCACAAACAUUUUCACAGGUUGUCAAGAGUGAAAAAUGGAGGGAAGCAAUGAGAAAGGAGAUCACUGCACUUGAGCAAAAUGGAUCUUGGACACUUGAGUCAUUACCUCCAGGCAAGCGAGCUAUGGAUUUCAAAAGGGUUUACAAGAUUAAGUGCAAGCAAGAUGGGACAAUAAAACGUUAUAAGGCAAGGCUUGUGGCAAAGGAUUUCACACAAAUAGAGGGGCUGGACUAUCACAAAACUUUUGCCCAUGUGGCUAAGCUUGUUACAGUUCGAGUUUUGCUUGCUGUUGCUUCCAUGAUCAUGACUUUGAAAAAGGAAGGAAAAGGAAUGGAGACUGCGCUGUUGAGUUGAGAGGGGUAGUUUUAGGAAAAGAAAAAAUUGUUUCUAGAAUCAUGGGCAAAAGAUUCACUCCAUAAUUUUAAGUGUGGCAAUAACCCCACCAGUUUGUCUGCCUCACGAAACUGCUACAAGCCUACUUGGUUAGUCCUCCACAAUUUAAAACUAGAUUAAAAACAGUAUGUUCAC